GGCGGGGCGCCUAGGAAGAGGAGAGAAAGAGCGUGAUGGAAGUAGUUAGGUGCCCAGAGCACGAGACCUUCUGCUUUCUGAAGACCGGCAUCCGCGAUGGCCCGAAUAAAGGAAAGAGCUUCUACGUGUGCCACGCAGACACGUGCGGCUUCGUCAGUCCCACCGACAUUCCUGUUUCUCAUUGUUUGUUGCAUGAGGACUUUGUGGUAGAGCUUCAGGGUUUGCUUCCACCACGGGGCAAGAAAGAAUACAGAUUGUUCUUCAGAUGCGUUAAAAGUAAGACAGAGGGGAAGCAAUGGUGUGGAAGUAUCCCGUGGCAGGAUCCUAAUUCCAAAGAACAUUCUGUGACCAAUAAGUCUCAGCAUGCAUCUAAGCCAUUUCAUUAUCCUUCCAGCCAGCAGAGAAACCCAUUCAAGGUACUUGACAAGAAUCAAGAACCAUCUCUCUGGAAACAGUUCGUCAAAGGUGAAGGUGAGGAAAAGAUGGCUGAUAAGAAGCAAGGGAAAAAGAAAGAUCUGCUCUUGGAUCAGAAGAAAGAACCGAAGCCUGAAUCUGACUGCUGGAUGGAGAAAGAUCUUGCAUCUGGCCCGGUGGUAAAGGAAAAACAAGCUACAGUUCAGGAGAAGCAGCAAGGGGAGAAAACAGAGUUUCAGGGUGAAGCAAAAGAGAUUGAAGAGACACACAAAAGAAACCUUUGUGAGAUGAAAUCCACACAGUGCCAAGAUAAUGAGCUUAGAAAACUAUCUGUGUCUCCUCACGAGAAAUCAGAUAGUGAGAGUCAUUAUGUCCAAAAUGAAUCAGAACCUCUGAGAGAACAGGAAACCAAGCCUGUGCCUCAAAUUGUUCAUAGCCAAAACCCAAUAAGCAAGCCCCAGGAAGGGGAACAGCUCAGCAAGCAGCACCCCAAGAGCUGGAAGGCUAGAGGAACAAAGGCAAAGGACUGCCCAAGCAUGCAGGCCAUCCAGAAGGGGCCAUUCCAGGGGCAUUUCCAGGUGCAGGUGGAGACUCGUGACAGGCCUGCUCCAAGAGGACCAGCUGCACAGUCUGCCCCACAGGCCGCAGGGCGUUCCCUGGGAGAGAGGCGAGGAGCUGACAUAAGCAGUGGUGAUAGUGAGGAAGAUGAUGUUGUUUUUGUUUCCUCUGAGCCAGGGAGCCCCUUACUUUUUGACUUGACUCCAGACUCGCAGAAGAAGGAGGACUUUAAAUUCUCUGGUCAAAGUGUGCGAAGAAAAGUAUCUCCAGCCUUAGGUGUUUCCAAGAAGGUAGAACCUUCAGACCCAGCAGCCCAACGUGUGUACCUCACAACACAACUGAAGCAGAAGAAGAGCACGCUGGCGUCGGUGAACAUCCAGGUUCUUCCAGACAAGGGUCAGAAGUUGUACAAGCAAAUUCAGGAGCUGGAGGAAGCCCUCGGUGCCCUCGCCCUCUCCCCUGAGCAAGGCGCUAAUGAGAAGAGUAACACUCAAGUUCCACAACAGAGUGACGUCACCCAGACUGCCACUGGCCCUCCCCACUUGGUGCCUCCCAAGCCCCUGCAGGGUCAGGAGCUCCAGCCUCUGGGUUCUCUAGGAGUAAAGGCUGCCUGCCAGGUAGCUGCUGGGGGAUCCAGCCAGUGCCAUGGAGGCCCUACACACCAAGAUUGCCUUCACACCGGGUGGAAAAUCACAAAGGAAGCCAUCGAUGCACUGCAUCGAUCACUUGAGUCGUGUCCCAGUGAGACAGCUGUGGCAGAGGAUCCGGCUGGAUUGAAGAUCCCUUUGCUCCCACACCAGAAGCAGGCAUUAGCCUGGUUACUAUGGCGGGAAAGUCAGAAGCCGCAAGGAGGAAUACUGGAAAGGAUUUCACAGGGAGCCUCUUUUCUAAAGUCGCUCACAUCUGAACCAAAGUCUUAUGUGUUGGUUUCUUUCCCCUUUCAAGACUCCUCUGAGUUUACUUCCCAUGGAACACUAAUUGUCUGUCCUGCUUCCCUGAUCCAUCAUUGGAAAAAUGAAGUAGAGAAAUGUGUGAGCAACAAGACACUAAGAGUGUGUCUCUAUCAUGGGCCAAACCGGGAUCAGCAUGCUCAAGUCCUCGCUACGUAUGACAUCGUGAUCACUACCUAUAGCCUUCUGGCCAAGGAGAUUCCCACAGCAAAAAAAGAUGGCGAGAUCCCAGGUGCAAACCUCAGUGUGGAGGGUAUCUCAACACCUUUGCUUCGAAUAGUCUGGGCUCGAAUCAUACUGGACGAAGCUCACAAUGUUAAGAAUCCCCGAGUACAGACUUCCAUAGCUGUGUGUAAGCUCCAAGCCCAUGCCCGUUGGGCUGUCACUGGAACCCCCAUUCAAAACAACUUGUUGGACAUGUAUUCACUGCUGAAAUUUCUCCGUUGUUCUCCAUUUGAUGAGUUCCAUCUGUGGAAGAGUCAGGUUGACAAUGGUUCUAAGAAAGGAGGAGAACGGUUAAGUAUUUUAACCAAGAGUCUUUUGCUGAGGAGAACAAAAGACCAGCUGGACUCCACCGGCAGGCCCUUGGUAAUCUCGUUUAUACCUGCCCCUCCGGGAUCCAGGGAAGGAGGAUGGUCAGCUCUGCAGUUCUAUCUAAAAAGACACGAAAGGGGGGACAAACAAUCUGGAAGAAGCCCUGAUAAUCCAUUCAGUAGAGUGGCCCAGGAGUUUAGGUCCCCUGGGCCUGGACACCCCGUGGAAGCAGACUUGCAGGGAUCCAGCACCGUCCACAUACUGUCACAGUUGCUGCGACUCCGGCAGUGUUGCUGUCAUCUUUCUCUGCUGAAGUCGGCCCUGGAUCCGGCGGAACUGAAGAGUGAAGGCCUGGUCGUCUCCCUGGAGGAGCAGCUCAGUGCUUUGACCCUGUCUGAACUCCGUGACUCAGAGCCGUCUUCCACUGUUUCCCUUAAUGGUGAAUGCUUCCAGGUGGAGCUCUUUGAAGACACGCGCGAGAGCACCAAGAUUUCGUCUCUAUUGGCAGAAUUGGAGGUAAUCCGAAGAAAUUCAGGGUCCCAAAAGAGCGUCAUUGUCUCUCAGUGGACCAGCAUGCUGAAAGUUGUAGCGUUGCACCUUAAGAAGCAUGGACUGACUUAUGCCACCAUUGAUGGCUCUGUCAACCCCAAACAGAGAAUGGACUUGGUAGAGGCAUUUAACAGCUCCAGGGGCCCUCAGGUUAUGCUAAUCUCUCUCUUGGCUGGAGGUGUUGGUCUAAACCUAAGUGGAGGAAACCAUCUUUUUCUUCUGGAUAUGCACUGGAAUCCAUCACUUGAAGAUCAAGCUUGUGACCGAAUUUACCGAGUCGGGCAGCAGAAAGAUGUUGUUAUACACAAAUUUAUUUGUGAGGAAACAGUGGAAGAGAAGAUCUUGCAGCUCCAAGAAAAAAAGAAAGAUUUGGCCAAGCAGGUUCUAUCAGGAUCUGGAAAAUCUGUCACCAAGCUCACCUUGGCUGACCUCAAAGUCCUUUUUGGCAUCUAACUUCCUGUUUAUAGGGCUCAGAAUACUGCCAUUGUUGGUUUGUGUUAGGAUCUGGUGAUAACAACCUAGCCAUAGUCCUUUGCUCUCUCCUUGGCAUUCCAUUUCACCAUCGGGCCUUAUGCCCUCCUCAGAAUGAGACAUAAUCUUGUCCCGAGAAUUGAGGAUCAGUUAUCAUGUUAACCAGUUGGUUAAGCAAUCAUGUUAAUCAACUUAUUUAAUGUGUGACAUAGAAACCAAAAAUUACUUCAGAUAAAAGAAAAUGCAAAAUUUAUAUAAUGUUAUAAACCAGUGUUACCUCAAGAAAAAAAAAAAGAAAAUGGUUUAGAGUUAGAUAAUUUUGGAAAAUAGUUCUGGGAGAGUUGUACAUAAGCUUCAGUAAAAGCUCAAAAAGCCCUCUGUUGCUUUCUCUUCUCAGCUAAUGGGGGACCCAGUGUUGUUACCUUUUCUAAUACAGGCCCCAUCCCGUCUCUUCGUUUCUCCUGCCAAUGAGGCUGCUCCUAUAACCAUCUCUUUA